AGUCACAUGACGUUCCUCCGGACGCAGCAGCUCAAUCCAAAGAAGAAAAGAAGGGAGAGAUCCUCGUUCCUCCUGCUGCCUCGACUCGUCACACCUACAAACAUACACAGACAGACGGGUUGUAAAAAAGGCAGAGUCUGGUUCAUUGAGAGGUCGUUGCAUAUGGAGGGAGAGGAGAUGCAAGAUGAUGAAGGACCUUCGCUCCAGAGUGAACCUCCACAUAAUGAAGAUCUCCAGCUGGCACAGCAGGAAUCGCUGCGUCUGGAGAGCUCAGUGCCCGUAGAGGACGUGUUCGUGGAUAAGAAAGCAGUGGACAAACUCACAGAGGGAUUACUCUCUCACUACCUACCAGAUCUACAGAACUCUAAACGAGCCCUCCAGGAGCUCACACAAAAUCAGCUGAUAUUGUUGGACACACUGGACCAAGAAGUCACCAAGUUCAGAGACUGUAACACCUUACUGGACCUCAAUUCACUGUUUACAGAGGCGAAGGUUUAUCACAACAAACUGGUGAACAUAAGGAAAGAGAUGAUUAUGCUCCACGAAAAAACAACUAAACUAAAGAAAAGAGCUUUGAAGCUGCAGCAACAGAAGCAGAAGGAGGCGCUGGAGAAGGAGCAGCAGCGUGAGAAGGAGCUCGAGAGAGAACGGCAGCUUGUUGCCAAACCUGCGAGAAGAACUUAGGAUACCCAAGACCGUCUGCUGUAUAAACGGAUCAUACAGGUGCUUUUGCAUGCUUUAGCCUAUUUAUUACAUAUCAACUGUAUGUCUCAUUACUGCUAUUUCCCAAAGCAAAAGUAUUUUAGAUUUGGGGUUUUCUUUUGCAAAUUUUUGCGGCACAAAAGAAUCAGACAGGCAGAGAGAGUGGAGAUGAGACACAGAUAAGAUUUACAACUAGAUCCAGGCAGCUGUAGUUUACUUGUCUACUUGAAACGCGAUUGAUACACUUAAUCCAUAACGCUUAAUAUAACAAAGUAGGCAUGAUUUCUGUACAAUGCUUUAUUGCCUAUCUAAAGCAAGUUUUAUUAUUUUUCCAUUUUGAUUAGAAUUGUUAGGAGUUUUUUUUAAAGUUUUGGUGGACAGCUUUUGCAAAGAAAUUAAUGAAAUCGUUAAAAGAGGACAUUUGGUUUGUCUUCGAUUCCAACAGUAUUACAGAAAAGACUGUAAAUGUCAUGCUUAACUUUUUUCGACUUGAGUUCCUUUUUGGUAACUUGACUCCUUUUGGUUUCUGCACAUGUAUGAUGACACUCACCCAUCUCUAUAUGUAGAGGAGAUAUUUUUUAAUUGCAAGUGUGAAACUGUUUUUGCUGAAAGAAAUGAAUUGAAAUAGAUUCCAUUCAAAAAUCUUUAGGACUAAUAAGAGUAGAGUAUUUUGCUUUGGGAAAUGGUAUACUCAUUGACAGAAUAUGGGAUUUUUAAGUAAAUAGGCAGAAACGUGCAAAGAAUCCGGUGUGAUCCUUUAUGUCGGACAUUGCCAAGAUCACCACAAACCAAAGACAUGGACUAAAUCAUCAAAUGCUGGUACUUCCUUUCAUCAACCUCUGAUGACACACAAACAAACUCCAGCGCUUCCAUGAGAGCGGAACAAAUUACUCAAAGACGCUUUCACAGCCGUCGGACAAUGACAAGGAGGAGAAUCAAUGGGUUUGCUGUUCUUUUUGUUUAAAGUUAUAGUGUUAAUAUAUGUUAUUCAUGUUAGUGUUUAAUGUUAUAUAACAGGUAUGUUGUUUGAAUUGGUCUGCACUAAAUUUCAUUGACUGUAUGUCUGGGGUUAAGGUGAUAUGAGAAUGAAAGAUAAUUUGUACCAAACUUUUCUCCCUCGUCAUACACAGCAUCUGUACAUUUGUUUAGCAGACCUUUCUAGAGGCUUCUAUGCACUACUUCCACCUGGAACUCAACUGUUUGUAUAAUUAAUAAUAAAGGCAAAACAAACUGGUUUGUUGC